AGGACGACGCGGGGCGCUGCGCUUCCGCACCCGCUGGGAGUGCGGGGUGGGCUGGGCGCCCCCGGCCCGCCGCUGGGAGAGCCGCCUGCGCGCCCGCCGCUGCCCCGACCCCGAGACCCCGGGCCGCAGGUGGAGGUGGACUGAGAGCUGUGGAAGAGGCCUCACCGGGCCCAGCGCGACCCCAGCAUGAGGAACACAAGCAAAGAGCUGCAGGGCGCCAAUGUGAGCCGCUACGCUCCCUGCGACUGGUAUUACCACCUUCCCGCGAAGCGGUCGGAGAAGCCCGUGGACGCGCCGCCGGCCUCCCAGAUCCCAGGCCUCAGUGGCCUGAGGGAGCCUCCCCAUGGGCACGUGCCUGGGCCACGGAGGUACUGGGUGAAAGACACGGACUCGGAGUACGUGAAGCUGGCCAAGCAAGGCGGCCGGCCCGAUCUGCUGAAACACUUUGUGCCCGGGACCAGGAAGGGCUCCCCGGUGGCCUACUCCUUGCCAGACUGGUACGUGCACCACAGCAAGCCGCCCACGGCCGAGCAGAGACAGAUCCCCAGCGUCUCCAUGCCCGAUUACAUGGUUUACGAAGAGUUUCACCCCGAGCCAGCCAACGGUAGCUAUGAGUCCAGAAGGGGGCCCUUCGACUUCGACGUGAAAACAGUUUGGCAAAGGGAGGCAGAGGAACGGGAGAAGGAGAAGAGAAAGGUGAGGCUACCAGCCAUUAACUCCAAGUACCCGAGCAAAGUGGGGACCCCGCUCAGCCCCAAAGACCCCGAAGGAAGCAGAGUCUCCUUCCCUCCCAUGCCUAGUCAAAAAGCCAGUUCACCCACAAACUUUUCCAAACUUAUCAGCAAUGGGUAUAAGGACGAGUGGCUGCAGCAGCGAGCGGACGCAGACAAGAGAACCCCGCAGGCCCCCGGGGCGACCCCUCCGGCUCCGUCCCCGCAAGAGCCCGACGGGCGCCAGGGUGCAGAGUCUGACCCCGACCCGGAGGUGCCCGAGGGCGAGGGUGCCGGGGACGUUCAAGGGGCAAGCACGUCUCCACCGGCCUCCACGCCAGCAGAGCUCAACUGAACCCCACCUGAUACGCACCUAGGAUCGCUUUCCGAUGGCUGAAUAGCAUCUGACUACAUGACAACUAUAUUUAGGAGGCUCCUGCUAUAUUUUACCAAGAUAGAUUCUUAUGAAAUAAUUUCUCAUCGAGCCGAUUUGACAUCACUGUUGCAGAGCUGGUCUGAGUGUUGGGUGUUGCUUCCUGUGCUUCUCUGGGAUGUGAGGCACAGGGUCGCUGGGCGUCUUGCUGGCCUGGGAUGUCCCAGGGUCUUGGAACCAGCCACUUCCUCCCAGCCCGUCAUCCGACGUCACCGGUUCCUGUGUUAGUCUCCGUCGGUGACAUUUUGAUUGAAAUCAACUAUUUAGACUCUUAAAGAAACGCAAAGUCUUUUCCAUUAUUGGGUCCUGUAAUCUUUGUAGAAAUAAUUUUUUCUGUUCCAAAAUAGUUUAACUCCAGAAUAUUGUGACAGAGUUUAUACUAAGAAAAAGAUUAAUUUGUUAUGCCUUAAGACUGUAAGCAUUUAAUGUAAGAGCAAGGUAGCAUUUGCCAGUUUAAAACUUUUGCUAAUAUUUUUUGCAUAAAUUGAAAUUCAUAAUAUUAUACAUUUAUUUUGUAUCGUUUAGGUAAAACUAUGUGUAAUUUUAAUGUUUAACUUAGUCUUAACAGAAAAUUUAAAAUAAUCAGACUGAAUUUGCUUAUUUUAUAAAUUUUGCUACUAUUUAUGCGUAAUUAGCAUGAUAAUGUAGUUUUAUAUUUGUCCAUUUAAUUAAUGAAUAAAAUA